CGUUCGACAUGAUUUGCUAUAUUAACUUCAACGCUGGAUAUGACAACGAUGACGAUGCUCUAGACUUGAGCGCCGCUAACAGCUUUAUUGUGCCCGUAGUACCGCAUAACGGACCUACGUCCGGCAAUUUUGAUCAAAACAGCAACAACAACAACAACAUCAUUCGUAACCGCUUCAUUGUGCCCCUAAUACCGCCGCCAUUCGAUCAUAUCGAAAGCAGCAACAACAACAACAACAUGAACAACAACAUGAGCAACAACAAAAAGAUCAGCAACAGCCUCAACAAGAUCAACACGAAACCGCCAUCGGUCUAUGAAAUCUACUUUGCCUCGAUUAGCCAUCCCAAUAUGAUGACUAUGGAUAUAACCAAAUCUGAACCCGGACUUGUCGGGCUUUCAUCCAAUCAGCAACAGCAGCAGUCAGCACAGCAGCAGCAACAACAGCAACAACAGCAGCAACAACAGGCAGCAAACAUGAACAACAACGGGCAGAAUAACAACGGCAACAACAACAACAACAAUGGCCUUAGCAAUGGCAAUUCGGUGAACAAUAACAGCAACAACAACAACAACAAUAACAACAAUAAUAAUAAUAGCAACGUGCAGAACAUUGCCGCUGCGGCGAACAACAAUAACAACAACAACAACAACGGGAGCCAACUAUGUGCCGGCUGUGGCAAGCACAUCCAGGACCGUUAUCUGUUGCGCGCCCUGGACAUGCUGUGGCACGAAGACUGCCUAAAGUGCGGCUGCUGUGAUUGCCGCCUCGGCGAGGUCGGCUCCACGCUCUACACCAAGGGCAAUUUGAUGCUCUGCAAGCGUGACUACUUGAGAUUGUUUGGUAAUACGGGCUACUGUGCCGCCUGCAGCAAAGUCAUUCCAGCCUUCGAGAUGGUGAUGCGUGCACGCACCAAUGUUUAUCAUCUGGAGUGCUUUGCAUGCCAGCAAUGCAAUCAUAGAUUCUGCGUUGGCGAUCGUUUCUACCUAUGCGAGAAUAAAAUACUCUGCGAAUACGAUUACGAGGAGCGUCUGGUGUUCGCCUCGAUGGCCAAUCAUCCGAUGCUGAAGCGUCACGUCUCGUCUCUGGGCCAGGGGUCGCCAACUGGGGCUGCGGGCGCCGCUGGCGCUGCUGGUGGAUUGCUGGGCGGUGGGCCAGUUGGCGUUACUGGCGGCGCAAAUGUAAAUGGCGGCACUGGCAUUAUAAAUGGGCCCCGUACACCGGGCGACCACAAUAACAACAACAAUGGACCGCAAACGCCCACUGGAGGUGGCGGCGGCUCACCAUUUGCGGCCGCCGCAGCGGCAGCAGCUGCUGCCGCGCACAUGAAGAAUCAGCUGGGGGCGUCCAGCUAAAAUAAAGCCCUGGGCAUGAGCGGCAGCAGCGGCGGCAGCAGCAGCUCUGGUCAGCAGUUCUAUGGAGCCGCCGGCUUUGGUCUGCAUCAUCAUCAUCAGCAGCUGCAGCAGCAUCAACAACAUCAACAUCAACAGCAGCAACAACAACAUCAACAGCAGCAACAACAUCACCAGCAGCAGCAGCAGCAGCACCAGCAGCAGCAGUUCAUGGGCUUGGGCUUAGGCUUGGGAGUGGGGAUGGGCGUGGGCGUGGGUGGCGUUGGGGGUGGUGGCGGAGGCGGAGGCGUUGGCAGCAUGGGUAGCAGCUGCAAGCGCUACCAAAGAAAGUUCUACAAUCGCAACUAAACAGCCCAAAUGCACUCAAUGAAUGAAACACUAUAGCUUGAUAUAUGGAAAUACACAGCAUAUAUCGAUAUAUAUUUAUAAUAUUCAUAUAAACCAUAAAAUGUUCGUUUUGCUUUGA